UCAAGUCUCCUCAAGCAGCCGGACGUGCGUUGUGUCCAAGCGGCCGUUAGUGGCGCGGACCGCGAGAGCCAUGCUUUGCAGCGGCGGGGCCGACGCCUGCAGACACUGACGCGAUGCGAUCCAGCAGCAGCCCUGCCCUGAACCGCUUCAGCUGCUAUGCGUCCGGCCGCCCGAACUCCGGCCGAGAAGCUAGGUUGGAGCCAAGGGCGAUCUGGGCCGAGCCUGGCGCUCCUGUCCAGAAGGAGUGCCAGCGGCUGCGCGCUGAGAUCCGAGAACGUCAGCGCGAGGAUUUGAGGAAGCUACGGCACCGACCAAGUCUUUUUUGUCUUUUGGUUGCAAGCGAGGACUUCAAGCCACUGGAGCAUUGCGAAGGGGUCUUUUUCAAGGAGGGCCGCUUAGCCCGGCGCGUGGAGCAGCUGGAGGGCACCCUGCUGGCUCGCACACAGCGGCUGGACUCAUUGCUGAACGAUCUGCGCGAGUUGCCCUCGGCUGCCCGGGCCGAGACGCCAAUGCAUGGUCAAUCGGCGGUGGCCAACGAUGCCUCGCGUUUCCAGGAUGGGACAGAAGUUCAAGCCUGGCGCCUCCAAGAAAUUCAUUUGGUACGCGACGUCCAGGUCCACGGCGCACAAAGCCAUCGCGAAGAGUUUGCGGCUUUGCGCGAGGGCGAGCAAGCCCAGAGGGCUGUGAAGCGGCGCGGCCGGCCACCCGAACCUUUCGAGGCGUGCAGCCUCAGCUUGCUGAAGGUGGCCGCCUUUCCCUCAACGCCUUCCAUGCCUUUCCUCAGCGCCGCAGAGGGGCUGGCAGGUGCCCAGCUUUUGGAGGAGCUUCAAGCGCUUCAGGCGAGAUGCCAGCAGCUGGAGGAGAACAGCCAGAUGGCAGCGCGCGGCGCUGAAGAGGCGCGGCGUGCGGCUGCGCUCAGCGCUGAGCGCGCGGAGGUGGCAGAGAGACGUGCUUGGGCCACUGCCGAGGCUGCCAACGAGCUUGCGCUCAUGGCGGACCUGCGGCAUGUAGAGGUCUUAGAGAUCCAGCUCAAGCUUCGAGAGGAGCUGAGCGCCGCGACCACCCGCUGCGAGGUACUGGAGUCUGUGGCUCAGAACCUGGCAAGUGAGGCCAUCCAAAUCCGGAAAUGAGAGGCGGGGCACCAAGUUAAGCAGGUGCUUCCAGGGUCCUCGAAAAACGAUCUCUCU